ACAUUUGUUUCAUCACAAGACUCGAGAGGCUUGAACAUCGUUAAUAUUGUUUGUGAAGUGCGAAUUCCCACUAUAACAAGAGUGUGAUUGUGACACUCUACAACCAUUGUUAGCGACCGUCUCUAGUAGCAAAACCUUAAAAAACGAGCAACUCUUUUGACGACCAUCGUCAUAUGACCGUUCAUAGCGAUUUAAAUGCACUUCGUCGUUUAUAAUAAUUUGACAUUAAUACCCCUUUCAAUUCCAAUUUCAACUCAUAAUCAUCUCUUUUGCUUUUGUGGGCCUCUUCAAUGCAAUCGCAAUCCGCCUCCCUUCCCCUGUUCCUGGUGUUCUUCCUCUUCUUCUUCUUCAACCUUUCCCUUACCCCUUUUUUUGCUGUUUAUUUGAUGGGAAAGAAAAAAACCCAGAAAACCAAGCAGAUUUCAGUCGCCAUAGCUGAAACUUCCACCUCCAAAUUACCCGAUGACGGCGGCGGCCACGGCGGUGGUCAAUCUGAACAGCCCAGAAAGAGAGGCCGACCUCGUAAAGUUCUCGAUGAGCCACCGGAUGACAAGAAACUACUACCACCGCCAGCGGCGGAUGUUGCGGAUAAACCGCUGCAGAAGAAGGGUAAAACCACCGGAGAUGAGCCGCCGAUUUCCAUGGAAGGAGCUUCGAAGCAACAAGAAUCGGAAGAACCCAAAUCAGGAGAUGGUUCGAGAAGCAGAGGAAGGAGGAAGAACAAACCCAGAAAAAGUAGCUAACGGAGCAAUCGAUUUGAUGGGGUUUUCAGUAUUGGUUUUGGAUUUUGUUAAUUUGUUGAUCUUUGUUCUUGAAAAAUUAGCCAAAAAAUCACUGUUGAUACCAUUUGUGAUUGAUGUAUCUAUCCAUUGUAGAUUGAAAAAAUUUGACGCUAUGCGAUUCGGGCUCGGGAUGGUA